AUGAAUCUGACAGAUUUUCACGAUUCUGCUCUGCUAAAGUUAGACAUAGGAGGACCAUUUGUAGCAGAUGUAGUUGAUCCUCAAACAGAGGAAUACAUUGUAGUACAAAUCAGCCAGACUGAAGACGCUGGAUCAAGGAGGAGACGCCAGCAGCAGGUGGUAUACAACUGGUCUCUACCCUUAAGCUCAAGAAGAAAUCAGCAAAUCAUCACAACUAGAACUUUCCAGAUACUAAGCAGAGGCACCAUUUUCAUAAACAUUCAAGCUUUCCUACGGGAACCUGGAAGCGUUCCUCUCUCCAUGACGCAUCAAUACCUUCAUGCAAAUAUAGAGGCACAAGUAACAAUUGCAUCCAUCAUCUUAGUAGGUGUCUAUGUGCUGAUCAUACUGGAGAUUGUUCACAGGACCCUUGCAGCAAUGCUGGGCUCUUUGGCAGCUUUAGCUGCCUUAGCUACUGUUGGGGAGAAGCCAAGUAUGGUCAAAGUGGUGGAGUGGAUUGAUUAUGAGACAUUGGCACUGCUGUUUGGAAUGAUGAUUUUGGUGGCCAUAUUUUCAGAGACUGGAUUCUUUGAUUACUGUGCAGUAAAGGCUUAUCGAUUCUCUAGAGGCAAGGUGUGGGCCAUGAUUACGCUUCUGUGUCUCAUUGCUGCAAUUCUUUCUGCAUUUUUGGACAACGUUACCACUAUGCUACUCUUCACUCCAGUAACCAUAAGGCUCUGUGAAGUACUUAAUCUUGAUCCCAGGCAUGUCCUGAUUGCAGAAGUAAUCUUCACAAAUAUUGGGGGAGCUGCCACGGCUGUUGGGGAUCCUCCAAAUGUGAUUAUUGUUUCAAAGCAGGAGCUGAGGAAGAACGGAUUGGAUUUUGCAGCCUUCACAGGGCAUAUGUUCGUUGGCAUCUGCCUUGUUGUUCUGGUCUCCUUUCCUUUUCUCAGACUGCUUUACUGGAACAAAAAACUUUACAAUAAGGAGUCCAGUGAAAUUGUUGAACUGAAACAUGAGAUCUAUGUUUGGAGACUGACUGCACAGCGCAUUAACCCGGCCAGCAGAGAGGAGACUGCUGUGAAAUGCCUCUUGAUGCAGAAGGUGCUGACUCUGGAGAUGCUCCUGAGGAAGAAGCUGAGGACAUUUCAUAGGCAAAUUUCACAAGAAGAUAAAAACUGGGAAACAAAUAUUCAGGAACUCCAGAAAAAGCACAGAAUAACAGACAAAAUUCUUCUCAUCAAAUGCCUGGCUGUGCUGGGAUGUGUUAUUCUUAUGUUUUUUCUCAACUCGUUUGUUCCAGGCAUCUACCUAGAUCUUGAUAAGUGGGCACUGAACCAUGUAGGAUUUCUUGAAUUAAACCCACCAUCUAAAAGUGCUUUCGAAAAGCCACAGGCAGUCGGUAAAGACAGCAUAGUACUGGUUGCAUAUGCUUCUG